AUGCGUCUCGCCCACCGUCUUUUAAUGGCUGCGCCGGCCUCAAUCGGCUCAAAAUCCAGUCUCAGUGAAGCACUGGCCCUUCUUCCACCCCUUCAGCUCUACCGUCGGAUCUUGCGCGUCCACCGCAAAUUGGACCCGGAAAUGCGCGUGCUCGGCGACUCAUAUGUGAAGAAGGAGUUUCGGGCGCAUCGCACUGCGGAGAAUCCCUUACAUAUUAUCGGAUUCUUGACUGAGUGGCAGCUUUACGCGCAAAAGAUGGAGGGUGAUAAGUGGGCUGGAGAGAAACUGGAUAAGUCCAAGCUUGAUAAGCUGAGUGACCAACAGCUCGGUCAGCUGUUUGAGCUCAUGCAGGCCAUUCGGAAUGAAGGUCAGGAGGGCGAGGGCGAGGAUAAAUAA